AUGAAUGGGAAUAAAGAUUACGAAAAGAAAUAUCAGAAAACUUUUUGUUAUACAAUUUCUACGCUUAGUAUUCCUGACAGUUAUAAGAUUGAAGUGCCAGUUCAUAUACCAUUUGAAGGUAGUAUAGAAGAAUUAAGUCAUAGAAUUAUAAAUGGAUUUAAUUUACCAUUAUACGUAAUAGAAGAAUUAUCGGGCGAGUUACAAAAAUUUGUUGAAAAGUGUUCAAUUGAAUUUUAUGAUUGUCAGACAGUUGAAGCUAUAGAAAGUAUAAAAAAUGAAUCAAUUGAAGUUGAAGACAUUGUUAAAUAUUGGGAAAAGGCAUUUCAACAGGAAACUUUCUCAUUGACUAAUAAUAAAGGACCUAGUAAUGAUCAAUUGUUUGGUACUGCAUUUCACAAAUUAGCUCAUUCAGGACCUUCUUUGGAUGCCAUUCUUCAUAUUGAGUAUGGUUAUGCACAAGCAGUCCAAGAUAUCAUGAGUAGAAAAUUUAGACAAGUUACAUCCUUGACAAAAACUCAAACUGAAGAAAUGAAUUAUGCCAUGGAUGGAUUGAAUAAAUAUAGUACUGAAGAUGAUAUUAAUGCUUUAGCACUAAAGCAUUUUGAUGACCAAACAUUACUUCAAGGUAAAUGGAAUAGUAGACUUGAUACUUUGAAACAGGAACAACGCACUGGGUAUAGAGAAUGGAUUAUGAAAACAGUAGAAGAAAUGCAAGGAGUCGAUGGAUUGUAUUCUCCUAUUGGGAAUUCUCCUAUUAGUAUUGUUUCAAAUGGCUUUACCAUUUCAAAUAUGUCAUUAUAUGAUAUGGAAGAAAGUUUCACUAUACACCUUGGGUCACAAAUGAAAUCUACUCAUAAUAUUCGCAUUAUGUCAGCAGAUACUUUAAAUCUUCUAAGUCUAACUUUAGAAGAAAACGGAGUUGUUGUUCAUCAUCCUCAAAGAUUACAAACAGUAUUAGAAUUAUAUUCUCAAGAUCUUAAAGGUCUUGUUUUAUUUAUUGAUACAAAUAACUUAGAUUUCUACUCUGGUCUAGCAAAGGAGUUUUUUGAUAUUUGCGAAGGUAGUACAGAAUUUCAUUUUGAUUCUUUACAGGAUCAAUUAGAAAUUAUCAAAUCUGAUCUUAAAGUAGCCGUUGAAAAUCGAAAGUGCAAGGGUCCAGUUAGUAAUUUUUUAUCUCCAGAGUUACAAGCCCGACGAAAUAAAUCAAAACUUUUACAAUGUGGUGACGUUUAUAUUACAAAACAUUCAAAUCUUGCUUCUGUUCAUCUCGUAUUUCACAUGGUUAUUGAUGAUUCAUUAAAAUCAGGUGAUAUAAACUCAAGACAUCCAGUAAUCUUAGGAUUAAGAAAUAUAUUGAAAACAGCUUGUUCAUAUGAUAUUACUAUGAUAACUAUUCCAUUAUUUUUAACUCAUGAAAUGACUGAGGAUAUGACUGUUCCUUGGUGUCAGAAACGUGCAGAACUAGUUUUAAAGUGUGUAAAAGGAUUUAUGAUAGAAUCUGUAUCUUUAGGUGGAUCAGAAUUAAAAACUAUUCAGUUCCUAGUUCCAAAAGGAAUAUCUGAAGAAGUGUUUGGAAUACUAGCGACAAUGGUUCCAACCAUAUUCAGAGUAUCUACUCCACUUGUGUUUGAAUCAUCAGGGCCAGAAAUUGAGUCUCAAAUCAAGAACAAAAAGAGUUCAAAAAGUAAACGGAACUCUAAGUCCAAGUAAUUUAUACUCAUAAAUUGAACAAAUUAUAAACUAUUAGUUAAAUUUUAGUAUCAUUUCCAUGUACUAAAAUUAAUAUCAUUAAGAAUAUUUUAUUCAAAUUAGAAAUAUAUAAAAUUUUAUAUGAACUUUUGUAAGUUGUUCUAUUAGCUAUUGUUAUU